AAAACCCUAGAUGGGAAGGGGAAAGAUAGUGAUCCGAAGGAUCGAUAACUCAACGAACAGGCAAGUUACUUUCUCAAAGAGAAGGAAUGGAUUGUUGAAGAAAGCUAAGGAGCUAGCGAUUCUUUGCGAUGCUGAAGUUGGAUUGAUUAUUUUCUCUAGUACUGGAAAGCUCUAUGAGUUUUCUAACACCAGCAUGAAAUCAGUUAUUGAACGAUACACCAAAACGAAGGACGAUUGUCAGCAAUUGCAUAAUCCAGUGCCAGAACUCAAGCUGUGGCAGAGGGAGGCAGAGAUCUUGCGGCAACAACUACAGGAUCUGCAAGGGAAUCAACGGCAAUUAUUGGGAGAGGAGGUAAGUGGUUUGGGCGUAAAAGAACUAACAGAUCUGGAGAAUCAACUGGAAAUGAGCUUAAAGGGAAUCCGUAUGAAAAAGGAGCAAAUAUUGAAGGAUGAAAUUCAAGAGCUAACUCGAAAGGGGAGCAUAAUACAUCAAGAAAAUUUGGAACUCUACAAGAAGGCUUAUGGUACAAGAGAUGCUCAUGCAGUGAAUGGAAACAUCAACUAUAUAUAUCCGUAUCGCUUUACAGUGAGUAGAGAAGUUCAGGCCCCCAUCCAUCUGCAGCUAAGCCAGCCUGAGACACAAAAUUUUGAGAUGCAAGUAGGAACAUCUGAUUCAAGUCACAGAGAUUCAGAACUUUCUCAAACAAGUUCCCAGCAAUUCUCUGAAUGA